AUGGUUAAUAUUUAUGCAGAGGAUGAAUUUUACUCGGUGAUUGAAGACUUUCGGAGUGGUGGCUUUGGACGAGUGUCGAUCAAUCGAUUCAAAAACGACAAUAGAGAGGUGGCAAUCAAAUGGCCCAAGGAUCCCAAGGAUCGAAUGGCCCAAGUGUUUAUCAAAGAUGAGAUUCGCUAUCACCAGAUCGUCUCCGACUCUCGCUACGUUGUCACAUUUUUCGGUAGCGUACGAGAUAAAAAACGUGGUAUUUUGCUUGAUCUUUGCUAUUUGGAGACACUUCAUCAUGAUUACUUUUUGUUUCGGUCGCUGAAGCACUUUUUGAAGGGAGAAAAGUUCGAUGAUCAUG